AAUGGAGAAAACUUUUUUGGUUUCCAAAAUAUUAUGUCAAAAUAAAGACAAAGGAAUAGUUCACCAGACAGGAAGAAUUAACACUGCAGUUUGGUCCGAAAUAGAUUAAUGCAUACAUAAAUUGUCUGAUUUAGAUUUCUCCCAAUAAAAAUAAAUUUAAUGUCCUCACAUUCUGCAACACAUGGCAAAUUGAAUCAGUUGACUAGUUUCGUGAACAACGACAGAUUCAACCAGCUCAUCAUGUGGUUGAAUUGAACACAAAUGUAAAACAUAUUAACAUUCUCAUACUCAGUAGGCCUAAAUAAUUAUAUGACUACUGAUAGUUUUUCAAGGAUACUGUUGUUUUCUUCAUUAAACAGGGCAAUUGAUUAAAUAAUCCUACCUGAUGAUCAGUAGAGGCUCACUAAACAAAAUAAUUCAAUAAAUACCUAUUUACAAUCAGAACUUAACUCAAAAAACAGCCAAGAAAUAUCUUGUUGAAACCAUUUUUCAUUUUUUUUACACUUGUUUGACAAUGGUGAUGUGGUAUAUAGAAAUGCGCAUAAAGAUGGAGAAAGGACAACUAAAUGUGUUGUAUCAUGCAGUAAUUAGACUGAUUAGACUGAUACUAUUUUAUCUAAUAGAACGCAUCAUUGUGAAUUAUACCCUUUUUUGAAUCGGACAUCAUUGCAUACAAGACGGGAAAUACAUUGGUAUAUCUUAUCUAUAGUUUAUCUAUAGUAUGGUUGUAUGUUUUCAGGAGACUUUACUCUCCUGCCAGGCUGUUAUUGAAAAUAAGAACCUGUUUUAAUCACUUGCCUGGUUAAAUGAAUGUUAAAUAAAUACAUGCUAUAGUUUUAGAAAUACAUGUGUAUAUUUUUGUAACUAGAACUUUGUCUCUUUGCACACAUUUAAUUGACAGCACUUUUGAGAAAAUACUUGCAUAUUGUUUUGUCAUUUAAAAAGCCUGAACUACAUUCUUUUAUAAAAAAAAAAAAUGUUUGAACAUAAAUCUCACAGCAUCUUCAAUUUAAUCAAUCCAUGAUAAACCAUAUCUCAUGUAUGACACAAAGCAACACAAAAUUUAGCUAGAUGAGUUAUAAGUAAAAACUCAAAAAACUAAAUUGUUUCUAAAUGACUAUUUGAGCAAACAUUUGUACCUGAAAAAUCCAGAGUGAUUGUAAGUGUGAUGGUCAUCUGUUAAAUGAGCAACAGCGACCACAAUUCACACUUUCAGUCAGUGAAGCCACUCCCACAGCUAUUCAUGAGAGUUUAAAUGUUGGGGAAUAUUCCCAUCUUCCCACAGGAGAAGCAGCAAGCAAGAGGAAUUACUCCAGGAGAAAUUACUGACAUACUAUAGUAAAGAUGGAGUUUGAGGAAGAACCCUGCAGAAUGAGAGAUAAAGAGACAAAGGAUCUAAUAGACUCGAUGGAAGUGAAUGAAGACAAAAGGCAUCAGUUUCAAAAGAGUAUAGAAAAUGAAGAUGGAAACAUAGUCAUUUCACAGACUAAAAAGAAUUUCAUACAGAAACAAGCUGGAAAAACUGGAAUCAAAGGAUCUUUCACCUGCUCUGAGUGUGGAAAGAGUUUCACUCAGAAAGGAAACCUUAAUGUGCACAUGAGAAUUCACACUGGAGAAAAACCGUUUACAUGCACUCAGUGUGGAAAGAGUUUCAUAUGUAAAGCAAACUUAAUUGUGCACAUGAGAAUUCACACUGGAGAAAAAAUGUUCACAUGCACUCAGUGUGGAAAGAGUUUCACUCAGAAAAACACUCUCAAAGAGCAUCUGCGCUCUCACUCUGGAGUAAAGUCUUUCAGCUGUGAUCAGUGUGAUAAAACAUUUGUUUUUGAAUCAAGCUUCAAAAAACACCUUAAAAUACAUGCUGGUGUGAAGCCUAACUUUUGCUCUUUUUGUGGAAAGAGUUUUUUACGACUCCAGAAUUUAAAAGAACAUGAGAGAAUUCAUACUGGUGUGAGACCUUAUAUGUGCUUUGACUGUGGGAAGACCUUCACUACACCCAGUGCCUUAAAACAACACCAGAGAAUUCAUACUGGAGAAAACCCAUUCACAUGCACUCAGUGUGGAAGGAGUUUCAUAUGUAAAGCAAACUUAAUUGUGCACAUGAGAGUUCACACUGGAGAAAAAACGUUCACAUGCACUCAGUGUGGAAAGAGUUUCACUCAGAAAAACACUCUCAAAGAGCAUCUGCGCUCUCACUCUGGAGUAAAGUCUUUCAGCUGUGAUCAGUGUGAUAAAACAUUUGUUUUUGAAUCAAGCUUCAAAAAACACCUUAAAAUCCAUGCUGGUGUCAAGCCUCACUUUUGCUCUUUUUGUGGAAAGAGUUUUUCACAACUGCAGAAUUUAAAAGUCCACGAGAGAAUUCAUACUGGUGUGAGACCUUAUAUGUGCUUUGACUGUGGGAAGACCUUCACUACACCCAGUCACUUAAAAUCUCACCAGAGAAUUCAUACUGGAGAGAAGUCGCACCAGUGCUCUUCGUGUGGAAAGAGUUUCACCCAUAUAUCUAAUCUACAGACUCAUAAGAAAAAGCAUUGCCUGAAGUUGCCUCACUAAGCAAAAGUUAAUGUUCAGAUCCAUCACUCACGAGUAAGUGAAUAAUUUGUCAUUCAGAUUAAGCAAAAGCUUGUUUCCAUAGUGAUUCAGUCUAAUGGGGUAAUUUACUAAAAUUAGUAGUGAAGGUUGAUCAUUUAACAAAGGAUGUUUUGGCAGGGUCAUAGUAUAUGAAGGAAAUGUGUCUGUGUGGAUAUUCUGUUCCAGUGAAGUCCUGACAAAACUCAGCCUUGAAGUGAAAAUAUAUUGUGUUUUAUCAAAUGGUGUUUACAGGGGUUGUUUAUUAUUAUGAGACACAUGUGACAUUGUCAAAUGAACCUAUAAGAACCUGUAGAAAUUAUGUCAGCUGAUUAUCCAUAAGUACUAGUGUUUCUGUAUCCUUGUUAGUUCAAGGCAAGAUCCUCUUUCUCAUUUCUAUGGCCUAUGGAAAUGUGCAGAACUUUGUCUUCAAUAAAGUCUCUUUUAACUUGUUGAAACUUUUGACUCCUGGUCUUCAUUGAGCAUUUUGAUCUCUUUAUGGGGUCCAACUGUAAUUCCUCUAUAUA